CACUUUCUCAAUAACAACUCAAAGGAGUGACAGUCUUUCUUUCUUGUGUUGAUAUGAUCAUGGGAAUUCAGAAACCAGCAUGGUUGGAAGCCCUCUACACCCAGAAAUUCUUCGUGAGCUGCUCAAUUCAUGAAACUGCAAAGAAGAAUGAGAAGAAUAUCCUUUGUUUGGAUUGUUGCACCAGUAUUUGCCCUCAUUGCUUGCAGUUCCAUCGCUUCCAUAGGCUUGUUCAGGUUCGUCGUUAUGUGUAUCAUGAUGUUGUCAGAUUGGAAGACCUCGAGAAGCUCAUAGACUGCUCCAAUGUUCAGGCCUAUACUAUUAAUAGCGCAAAAGUGGUGUUCAUCAAGAAACGACCUCAGAAUAGGCAGUUUAAAGGGUCUGGAAACUAUUGUACUUCCUGUGACAGGAGCCUCCAAGAACCUUAUAUCCACUGCUCUCUUGGCUGCAAGGUGGACUUUUUGCUGAAACACAACAAGGACCUCUCCCCAUACUUGAGGACAUGCCACUCUCUACAACUCAGUCCAGACUUCUUGGUCCCUCCAGACAUGGGAGAGGAUGAGAUGACCAAUGAGACACCCCACUCGACGAUCGUGGACUGCGAUGAGCCAAUGAGCUCGUCUUCGGGCUCUUCCGGUUCGGAGAACAUGAGCAUGAUGUGCACUGAGAUAGUCCGAAAGAAGCGGAGUGGACUGUAUGUGUGUGGAAGAUCAGCUAGUAAGGUUUCAGAAGAGGACAUGGCUACAAGCAUGAGUAGAAGAAAAGGCAUUCCUCAUAGAUCUCCUAUGUGUUAGCCAAAGAAAAUAAAUUAAUCAAGGAGAACAAAAAUUGAAA